AGCUUCGUGGUUGAAGAAGAAGCAGCAAAGCAUAAUACGCGAUGUGAGAAAUGAAAAAUAUGCUGUAAAAAGCUGAUUUCAAUUAUUUAAGUAUAGUUUUUAAGUAAUUGAAGUUGCCUAACAUAUUGUUACAAUAAUAUAGCGUGCACAAGAGAGUCAAACAAUUCAAGGACAACAACUCGUGGACCGUAAAACGAACGCGACGCAAAAAUGGCGGAUCCACUGAGUCUUUUGCGGCAAUACAACAUAAACAAAAAGGAGAUAAUCGAGCGUGAUAAUCAAAUAAUAUUUGGUGAAUUCUCCUGGCCGAAGAAUGUUAAAACCAACUAUCUCAAAUAUGGGUCGGGCAAAAAAGGCGCUCCACGUGAAUACUACACGCUGGAGUGCCUGCUGUACUUGCUCAAGAAUGUUAUGCUGCAGCACUCGGUGUAUGUGCGUCAGUGUGCCGCCGAGGAUAUACCGGCCGUAAAUCGACCGGAUCGUAAGGAACUCCUGGCUUAUCUCAACGGGGAGACGCCGACGUGUGCCAGCAUUGAUAAGAGUGCGCCGCUAGAGAUUCCCACGCAAGUGAAGCGGACGGCGGACGGUGAUGCGGCGACCAGUGGCGAAACGGCGGCCAAAAAAGCACGCUUCGAGGAAACGCAGGUGCAAAAGGUGCGCGAACAAUUGGCCGCUCGCUGGGAUGUCAAUCAAAAGGAAACCGCAGUCAAUAUGGACAACAUUAAGUCUCUAUCGGAGACCAUGUCCGUGGAGAAGAUUGCUGCCAUUAAAGCGAAGCGUUUGGCCAACAAACGUACCACCAUCAAGCGCACGGACAACGAGGAGGCAAUGGGCACAGAUCUGCGCGCUAUACUCGACUACGAUGUGGACUCCACCAAGGAUAUUAUAAGUCGGGAGCGGCAGUGGCGUACACGCACUUCAGUGCUCCAAAGUGCUGGCAAGGUCUUUGCGAAAAACAUUUUCGCCAUGCUCCAAGGGAUUAAGGCGCGCGAGGAGGGACGCAAUCGUCCCCAGGUGCCGAAUCCCAUUAAGAUGCCGGAGCCGGCGCGUAUUGCGAAACCACAGCCACAACUUUCGCAAUACAAUCGUUACGAUCAGGAGCGUUUCAAUCGGCAGAAGGAGGAGACCGAAGGAUUCAAAAUCGAUACGCUUGGCACAUACCACGGCAUGUCGCUCAAGUCCGUGACGGAGGGAUCUUUGGCACAGCGGAAGGCACAGGCCAAUAUGCCACAUGCGACGCCAGGAGCGGGUGUCACACGUGCUGGACCCAAGGAUCUGCUGCCCACGGCACAGGCACGACAACUGCCAGCAAAUGGACCACAGAAACGACCCUCAAGGACGCCCAUUAUCAUUAUACCGUCUGCCAAUACAAGCCUUGUAACCAUGCUCAAUGUCAAGGAUAUUCUGCAGGAAUUGCGUUUCAUAUCCACGUCGGACAAGAAGCUUCAAGGCUGUCAGCGCGAAAGCGAAGUGUUGCUCCAGCGCAAGCGAAAUAAUCAGACCGUAUCAUAUCGAGUCGUGGAUAAUCCCAUUAAACUAACCCAACAAGAUUGGCAGCGUGUUGUCGCCGUAUUUGUGAUGGGACCACAAUGGCAAUUCAAAGGCUGGCCCUGGGAUGGCAAUCCCGUUGAAAUAUUCUCAAAGAUUUGCGCAUUUCACUUGUGCUUUAGUGAGCUCAAAUUGGAUGCAAAUGUGGAGCGCUGGUCGGUGACAUUGUUGCGUCUAUCCCAAAAUAAAAGGCAUUUGGAUCGCGCUGUGCUCAGCAAGUUUUGGGAAACGCUGGACAAAUAUAUGCUUAAGUAUAAACCCGAUUUAAGGUUUUGAACGUGUUUGAUGUGCACAUCACCACCAAUGUUUAUAUAUCCAGAUAGAUCAGAGUUUUGGCUAACCUCUUUUAGAAUGUCCUGCGCUAUGGCUUCCUGCAAAACAUCGAAAUCAUGCAAAACAGGCGCUACUUCGUAAGCUAAAAAGUUUGUACAAUAUAAACUAUGAGACAGAUUUAAGAUGAUUUAAUUUGUAUAAUUAGUUAUAAUAAAAGUUAUAAGACGAGA